AUGCUGUACGAUAAGCUAUUGCUUUGUGCUCUUGUAGUUGUAAUAGCUCAAGACGCUGUGCCACCUGGUUGUGACUCAAACCCAUGCCUUAACGGUGGAGAGUGCACUAAUUUAACGCCUGGUGAAUUUCAUUGUGAUUGUGGUCUGGCAUGGACAGGAACCACAUGCAACGACGCUGUGCCACCUGGUUGCGACUCAAACCCAUGCCUGAACGGUGGAGAGUGCACUAAUUUAACGCCUGGCGAAUUUCAUUGUGAUUGUGGUCUGGCAUGGACAGGAACCACAUGCAACGACGCUCUGCCACCUGGUUGCGACUCAAACCCAUGCCUGAACGGUGGAGAGUGCACUAAUUUAACGCCUGGUGAAUUUCAUUGUGAUUGUGGUCUGGCAUGGACAGGAACCACAUGCAACGACGCUGUGCCACCUGGUUGCGACUCAAACCCAUGCCUGAACGGUGGAGAGUGCACUAAUUUAACGCCUGGUGAAUUUCAUUGUGAUUGUGGUCUGGCAUGGACAGGAACCACAUGCAACGACGCUGUGCCACCUGGUUGCGACUCAAACCCAUGCCUGAACGGUGGAGAGUGCACUAAUUUAACGCCUGGUGAAUUUCAUUGUGAUUGUGGUCUGGCAUGGACAGGAACCACAUGCAACGACGCUGUGCCACCUGGUUGCGACUCAAACCCAUGCCUGAACGGUGGAGAGUGCACUAAUUUAACACCUGGUGAAUUUCAUUGUGAUUGUGGUCUGGCAUGGACAGGAACCACAUGCAACGACGCUGUGCCACCUGGUUGUGACUCAAACCCAUGCCUGAAUGGUGGAGAGUGCACUAAUUUAACGCCUGGUGAAUUUCAUUGUGAUUGUGGUCUGGCAUGGACAGGAACCACAUGCAACGACGCUGUGCCACCUGGUUGCGACUCAAACCCAUGCCUGAACGGUGGAGAGUGCACUAAUUUAACGCCUGGUGAAUUUCAUUGUGAUUGUGGUCUGGCAUGGACAGGAACCACAUGCAACGACGCUGUGCCACCUGGUUGCGACUCAAACCCAUGCCUGAACGGUGGAGAGUGCACUAAUUUAACGCCUGGUGAAUUUCAUUGUGAUUGUGGUCUGGCAUGGACAGGAACCACAUGCAACGACGCUGUGCCACCUGGUUGCGACUCAAACCCAUGCCUGAACGGUGGAGUGUGCACUAAUUUAACACCUGGUGAAUUUCAUUGUGAUUGUGGUCUGGCAUGGACAGGAACCACAUGCAACGACGCUGUGCCACCUGGUUGCGACUCAAACCCAUGCCUGAAUGGUGGAGAGUGCACUAAUUUAACACCUGGUGAAUUUCAUUGUGAUUGUGGUCUGGCAUGGACAGGAACCACAUGCAACGACGCUGUGCCACCUGGUUGCGACUCAAACCCAUGCCUGAACGGUGGAGAGUGCACUAAUUUAACGCCUGGCGAAUUUCAUUGUGAUUGUGGUCUGGCAUGGACAGGAACCACAUGCAACGACGCUCUGCCACCUGGUUGCGACUCAAACCCAUGCCUGAACGGUGGAGAGUGCACUAAUUUAACGCCUGGUGAAUUUCAUUGUGAUUGUGGUCUGGCAUGGACAGGAACCACAUGCAACGACGCUGUGCCACCUGGUUGCGACUCAAACCCAUGCCUGAACGGUGGAGAGUGCACUAAUUUAACACCUGGUGAAUUUCAUUGUGAUUGUGGCCUGGCAUGGACAGGAACCACAUGCAACGACGCUGUGCCACCUGGUUGCGACUCAAACCCAUGCCUGAAUGGUGGAGAGUGCACUAAUUUAACACCUGGUGAAUUUCAUUGUGAUUGUGGUCUGGCAUGGACAGGAACCACAUGCAACGACGCUGUGCCACCUGGUUGCGACUCAAACCCAUGCCUGAACGGUGGAGAGUGCACUAAUUUAACACCUGGUGAAUUUCAUUGUGAUUGUGGUCUGGCAUGGACAGGAACCACAUGCAACGACGCUGUGCCACCUGGUUGCGACUCAAACCCAUGCCUGAACGGUGGAGAGUGCACUAAUUUAACGCCUGGUGAAUUUCAUUGUGAUUGUGGUCUGGCAUGGACAGGAACCACAUGCAACGUUAUAAAACCAAACCCUUGUGACCCAAACCCAUGUCAACACGGUGGAACAUGCACACAGACCGGACCAGUUUCUUUUAUGUGCCACUGUAGACGAAUGUGGUAUGGUGAUAGAUGUGAAGACUUUCCCUCAAGUAGAAAACAAGAUCGUAAAUUUGCAACUACAGUAGAUUAUAACCAUUCAGUCAGUACUUCCAAAGAAUUAAGCAUUCAAACUGUAGUUUAA